AUGCCCCUCUGCAGCCUGCACGUGGCGGCCGUCCUCCUGCUUGUGAUCUUACAGGAGCAGCCUUCCAGCCCAGCCCCACUGAACGGAUCCAAGUGGACCUAUUUUGGUCCUGAUGGGGAGAACAGCUGGCCCAGGAAGUACCCAUCAUGUGGGGGUCUGCUACAGUCCCCCAUAGACCUGCACAGCGGCAUCCUCCAGUACGAUGCCAGCCUCGUGCCCCUUGGGUUCCACGGCUAUAAUGUGUCUGCCAGCAAGCAGUUUAUCCUGACCAAUAAUGGCCAUUCAGUGAAGCUGAACCUGCCCCCGGACAUGCACAUCCAGGGCCUCCAGUCCCGCUACAGUGCCACGCAGCUGCAUCUGCACUGGGGGGACCAGAAUGACCCCCACGGCUCCGAGCACACUGUCAGUGGGAAGCACUUUGCCGCCGAGAUGCACAUUGUCCAUUAUAACUCAGACCUGUAUCCUGAUGCCAUGACUGCCAGUAACAAGUCAGAAGGCCUCGCUGUCCUAGCCGUUCUCAUUGAGGUGGGCUCCUUCAAUCCAUCAUAUGACAAUAUCUUCAGUCAUCUUCAACAUGUAAAGUACAAAGGCCAGGAAGUGCACAUCCCAGGCUUCAACGUUGAAGAACUGCUUCCUGAGAGGCCUGCUGAAUACUACCGCUACAGAGGGUCCCUGACCACACCUCCUUGCCACCCCACUGUGCUCUGGACGGUUUUCCGAAACCCUGUGCAAAUUUCCCAGGAGCAGCUGCUGGCUUUGGAGACAGCUCUGUACUGCACACAGCAGGACGACCCUUCACCCAGAGAAAUGGUCAACAACUUCCGGCAGGUCCAGAAGUUCGAUGAGGGACUGGUGUAUGUCUCCUUCCAACAAGCGCAAAUCCUUACCAACACAGGACUGAGUCUGGGCAUCAUCCUUUCGGUGGCCCUGGCUGGUGUCCUCAGCAUCUGUGUUGUCCUGGCAGUGUCCAUUUGGCUUUUCAGAAGGAAGAAGAGCAAAAAAGGUGACAGCAGCAAGGGAGUCAUUUACAAACCAGCCAUCAAGAAAGAGACUGAGGCCCAUGCCUGA